CCCUUCCAUCGUUGUGGAUAAUGCGGGGAGCAAACGCCGCGCAGCAGGGAGAUACACUGCGAGUGACCGGAGGCAGCGUCUCCUCCUCCUCCUCCUGCGGCUGCGUCUACGAGCGCGUCCAUGGCGUCCCUCUCCCCUUCCCUCCACCUCCCUUGCAAUUCAAGGACUGGCUUUGCUGGAAAGACACAAGGGAUUCGUCUUCGUGUUAUCCCUGCUGGCAGAGUUGGUUUUGUCAGAACAACAGUGGAGUGCAAAGAAUCUAGAAUAGGAAAGAAGCCGAUCGAAGUGCCAUCAAAUGUGACCCUCACGUUAGAGGAGCAGUUUAUUAAGGCUAAGGGUCCAUUAGGAGAAUUAUCACUAAACUAUCCAGGUGAAGUAAAAGUGGUGAAAGAAGAAUCUGGUAAGCUGAGAGUUUCCAAGACUGUGGAGACCAAAAGGGCAAACCAGAUGCAUGGCCUUUUCAGGACCCUGACUGACAACAUCAUCGUAGGUGUGUCAAAGGGGUUUGAUAAGAAGCUUCAGCUAGUUGGGGUUGGAUACCGUGCAGCGGUGGAGGGUAAAGAUCUUGUGAUGAACCUGGGAUUUUCGCACCCGGUUCGGAUGGCUGUUCCAGAAGGCCUGAAAGUUAAGGUGGAAGAGAACACCAGGAUCAUUGUGAGUGGCUACGACAAGAGCGAGAUCGGUCAAUUCGCUGCUUCCAUAAAGAAGUGGAGGCCGCCUGAACCAUACAAGGGGAAGGGCAUCCGGUAUGCCGAUGAGAUCGUCAGAAGAAAGGAGGGCAAGGCUGGGAAGAAGAAAUAGAAACCGAGUCUUUGUUGUACUUUGGGUUUCAUACUUCAUUCAAUUUUUUUUCCGAUGUAAUCCCUCUCUUAUUUUGUGAAGAAGAAACCAAACCAGUAAGAAAGAACAUGUUCUUUGGAUCUUCCGUGACUUGUAGAGAUGCGAUGAAACAUGAAACUGUUUUCAUCAACACAUGGUCUGCUUAGCGUGAUUGCGAUGCUACCAAGAACUCCCAGCAACAUAUAUACAUGAUGAUACAA